GCAGAUAUUCACCACAAGAUUUUAUUUACUAUAAACAGAAGUAAAUAAGUACCUGAUCAGAGAGAGAGAGAGAGAGAGGGAGAGAGAGAGAGAUCUAAUUGUUAUGCUUUUUAAUGGCUCGUUGCUUUUGAACCUGUUCGAGGACAGCGCGAUGACGUUUCACCAACCCGGAAAUAGCAGUUAGACAGCUAAGAGAGAGAGAGGGAGAGAGAGAGAGAGAGAGAAGUAAAUCACUCUUCCCGGAUCUUAGGCGUCGGAACUAGGCUUCUAAACGUUUCUACCACAUUUACACAUCAAGUGUGAGUUGCAGUGUAGGACUGCGACCUUGGCCAAGUGCCUGGGUGGCUCUUCCUCCCCUCACCUUCCUCUGCUCAUCUGCUGGUAUCUGUCAUGGGGAACCUCUUAAAAGUUUUGACGUGUACAGACCUUGAUGAAGAGCCCAACUUCUUCCUUGACUUUGAAAAUGCACAGCCAACGGAAGCAGAGCGAGAGACAUGGAAGCAAGUGGAUGUUGUCCUAAUAGAUGCCCGAGCGAUUCUUGAUGAACUUCAGGCCUAUAAUGGAGCUGGGAAAGAGAUAAGACAGGCAAUCCAGAACCCUAAUGACGAGGCGUUGCAGGACCAGGCUUGGGCUGCGGUCGUGCCACUUGUGGGCAAACUCAAAAAGUUCUAUGAGUUCUCUCAGAGAUUAGAAGCAGCACUGCACAGUUUGUUAAGAGCCCUGACCAACGAGACGUACAGUGAUGCCACACAGCACCUGGAGCGUGAGCAGGCCCUUGCCAAGCAGUUUGCUGAGAUCCUGCAUUUCACACUCCGCUUUGAUGAACUGAAGAUGACAAAUCCUGCCAUCCAGAAUGACUUCAGUUACUACAGGAGGACUCUGAACCGCAUGAGAAUUAAUAACGUCCCAGCAGAAGGAGAAAACGAGGUCAACAACGAGCUAGCCAAUAGAAUAUCUCUAUUUUAUGCAGAUGCCACACCCAUGCUAAAGACUUUGAGUGAUGGCACGACAAAGUUUGUAUCUGAGAACAAGAACUUGCCUAUUGAGAACACGACGGAUGUGUUGAGCACUAUGGCAAGUGUGUGUAAAGUCAUGCUAGAGACACCUGAAUAUCGUAGCCGUUUCAGCAGUGAGGCCACUGUGUCCUUCUGCUUGCGUGUCAUGGUGGGCGUCAUCAUCCUCUAUGACUAUGUACAUCCUGUAGGUGCUUUCGCCAAGUCCUCCAAGAUAGACAUGAAAGGAUGCAUUAAAGUUCUCAAAGAGCAGCCCCCAAACAGUGUGGAAGGCUUAUUAAAUGCCCUCAGGUACACAACAAAGCAUCUGAAUGACGAAUCAACUGCUAAGACCAUUAAAAGCAUGUUGCAGUAAGCAGCAGCUUGGGGUUACACACCACUGGCCUCACACAAGUGUUCAGGGGACACACUCCCUCCCAAGCAACAGCAAUGCACAGAAUGUUUUUUCCUCCCCCCCCCCUUUUUUUUUUCCUAAAGUCAAAAUCAGACAUACCAGUACAACUCUUAACUCUUUUAUAAAGUGCAUGCUAUUGGCAUUUCUGUUUUCUUUUUGUGCCAAAUCACUUUUUGUCAAGAUCUUGGUUUUAACACGUACAGCCAUAAUAAUGAUGGCAGCUACAUUAUAGAAAAAUAUAUUAUUUUUGAGAUUAUUAGGUUAGUUUUGUUUGUUUUCCUAUAAAAGGGAGGGAGAGUGUUUUUGACUUGAAAAAAAAUACAGUAUAUUGAGAGAGAAAUAUAAAUAUAUAUUUUAUUUUGUUUGAAUUAAUAUUUAAUAUCAUGUCCUCUGCAUGAUAAUGUUGUAUUUAAAGAAGAAGAAAAAAAACAAAAAAAACAACAACAACUAGUGUUUCUAAAUUGUCUGACUGCUUGGUUGUGUACAAGUUCCAAAAAGUGAAUUUAAAUUAUGUUUUGCUGUUAAAAUGGUACUAGUCAAAACUGAGGUCUUCAGAUGGUAGUAAUGUUCAAAUUUUAUAUUUUUUUAUAGGUUUUGAUUUAUGUUUUUCAUAGCUGUGAUUUUUUUUUUUUCCUUCUUCUAGCUUCAAUAGUUCUGGUGGAUUAAAAGUGAGUUUUUGAUGUAUGAUUACACGAAAUGUGCUGUUAAAAAAACUAUUAAAAGAUGCUUUCAUUUUUGUAACAAUUGGUUUUAUCUAGAGAUUUUUAAUUUUUUUUUUUUUUUGUUUGGGCCUGGGUUGGUCAUUUUUUUUUUUUACUUCAACUUGACAUUAAUUUGUACCAAACUAAAACAACAUAUUUGGUAUUUAUUCACAAACAUUAUUUUCUUUAAUGGUUUAUUGUGUGUGAUUUCGAAAAUGAAUGUACUUUAAAUGAACUUGAAUGAAUAUUUUCACAUAUUUUCUAAAGAAUAGCCAGAUUAUUGUUUGUUUCAUUGCAAUGCACAUUGUUUGGUGUACAAUAAUGACCGUUUUUAAAAAUGCAUGUAAUUGAUUACCAUGAAAGACAUCAGACUAGUAUUGAAAAUCAAGCUCUAUUUAUUUAUUUCUCUUAAAAUCCUUCAUGUGUAUGCAUAUGGUGCAGACAGUUGUAUCCAUCUUAAAGCUAACCCUAUCUAUCUAUCUAUCUAUCUAUCUAUCUAUCUAUCUAUCUAUCUAUCUAUCUAUCUAUCUAUCUAUCUAUCUAUCUAUCUAUCUAUCUAUCUAUCUAUCUAUCUAUCUAUCUAUCUAUCUAUCUAUCUAUCUAUCUAUCUAUCUACAGAGUAUUCCAAAAGUCUGAAUACAGAGGGGGAAUUAACAACCUUUUCCCAGACAUAUUUUAUUUCAUAUAUAUUUUGCAGAUGACUCCAUGUGUGUUUGCAAAGUAAUGGCAAUCAUUUUGAGGUUUUGUGAAUAAAGUGACAUUUUUCCUAAAAAAAAAAAAACAAAACAAAACAAAAAACAAAUAGGUUUAAUUUCCCCUGUGUAUCUAUGCUGUUUUGUACAGCUUUCCACUGUAUCCAUAAGGCACAGUCUUAAUAUUUCUGUCCAACCUUUCUUACUUACUUACUUACUAAUCUUGCUAAAUGUUUUUGUGCCUUUUUACACAGUCACUGAUCUCUCACCCCCGUUACUGCUAUUACUGUUGAUAAUUUGUAAACUUGUGGAAAAUGAACGUUUGAUACAUGAGAUGCACCUGAAAUCGGGAUUUAAAGAGUCUUUCUAAUGUUACAGCAGCAUUUUGAGCAGGAAUACCUGGGAAAAGGGAAUAGAUGACGGGAGAGAUAUUGACCGAGGGAUAGCUGAUAAUGAAAUAGGAAAUUCUAGGUGGGGUUAUAUGGAGAAUGUAGAGUGCAGGAAUAUCAGUAGGUGUGAUCAAAAUCACUGCAGCAUUGCUGCAUUACUUUGUUAAGACUGAAAGAAAGAAGAGGGGAGUGGGGGGGAUGUGGUGUCUUGUGUUGGCUUGGUUCAUCAUCCUCUGCAGUGGCUUCAGAAUACAUUAAACAGAAAAGGGUGUGGUAUUGAGCUGGCCUCUGUCUCCUCAUAAUUUCCUGUAUUCUGAUGAUUCAUUCCCUUAUCUUAAGAGACUAGCGCAAAUGUAACAAAUGUUUAUUCAAAGGUUUUUAAAGGGAGUUUAUUAAGUGAGAACGACUGAAUGUAAUCCACACCAGUGAAAAAUAAGAAAAAUUAAACCUGCUACAUUUAUCCAUUUCCCCAACUGUAGCCAGUGAUCAUACAGGAAUUUCUUUCAAAUAUGCAACUAAAUCCUCAAAACCUUUUUUGUUUGUUUGUUUUGGUUUAAAUAUUUACCCAUUGCCUGCCUCAUCCAUAGCUAUGGAGCUAGCUUACAGGUGAGAACUGAAUAUUUUGCUGUACAUCCUCAACCACACCAACUCCUGGACUUUUCCACAUUUUAUAGUGUUACAAAUUGGAGAACUGGUGCUGAAUUGUAUUUCAAUUUUAAAAUGUAAGAUGCAAAUAAAAAAGACAUGCUGCAGAAUACUAUUAAAUCUUUUAUGCAACCAGAUUAGACUUUACCACCAGAAACUGAUAUUCCUCUUUUUGUAAAAGUUGACCUAUGUGUACUCAGAGCUUUGGGAGAUCUUUGGGAAUGCCAAGUGCUGAGAAAUGCAAUUAUUUUUCACUCUCAGUGCAAGGCCAUAAGGAAGACAAGAAAUCCUUACAAUAAAAUGUUAGAGGCGGUUAACUUUUAUUGUUGCAGAAAUAAGUAAAUAAAAAUGCUGUUAUUUUUCUCAAAA